CUUACCUCCACCAUCCUCAACCCAGGGUAGUUUGUGCAGAAAAACAAGAGCUGUUCUAGGGUUUGUCUGAAUCAUCACCAUGGACAGCUCAUAUUCUACUGGUGGUUGGAUGAUUCUGAGUCUGAUACUGGCACUGGCAACUGUUUCUCCUCAAGCCGAGGCUCGGGCGUUCUUCGUUUUCGGAGAUUCACUAGUUGAUAGUGGCAACAAUGACUUCCUGGUCACCACGGCCCGUGCCGACUCACCCCCUUAUGGCAUUGACUACCCAACUCACCGUCCCACUGGCCGCUUCUCUAACGGCCUCAACAUUCCAGAUAUCAUCAGCGAGUCUAUGGGGGCCGAGCCCACAUUGCCGUACUUGAGUCCUCUGCUCACGGGAGAAAGACUUCUUGUUGGGGCCAACUUUGCCUCUGCUGGGAUUGGAAUCCUCAAUGACACUGGAAUUCAAUUUCUGAAUAUAAUCAGAAUUUGGAAGCAGUUGGAAUAUUUUCAACAGUACCAGACACGGGUGAGUGGUCUUCUUGGACCUGCACAGACACAGCAGCUUGUUAACCAAGCACUUGUCCUCAUCACCCUUGGCGGCAACGAUUUCGUCAACAACUAUUAUUUGGUGCCAUUCUCUGCAAGAUCUCGCCAGUUUUCACUGCCUGAUUAUGUCCGAUAUGUCAUUUCCGAAUACAGAAAAGUUCUAAUGAGGCUGUAUGAAUUGGGAGGAAGAAGGGUGCUUGUGACAGGUACAGGACCAAUGGGUUGUGUGCCGGCAGAACUAGCCAUGCGGAGCAGAGCCGGAGAAUGUGCAGUGGAAUUGCAGCGAGCUGCAGCCUUGUUCAACCCACAGCUCGUUCAAAUGAUAAACGGGCUAAACAGUCAGAUUGGAGCAAAUAUCUUCAUACCUGUAAAUACUAUGCCAAUGCACAUGGACUUCAUAUCUGAUCCACAGGCUUAUGGAUUUGUUACAUCGAAGAUAGCUUGCUGCGGACAAGGACCAUAUAACGGAGUUGGAUUAUGCACACUAUUUUCCAACUUAUGCCCAAACAGGGAUAUUUAUGCAUUCUGGGAUCCAUUCCACCCAUCCGAAAGGGCGAACAGGUUUGUUGUGCGGCAGAUAUUGACCGGAACCUCCAAGUACAUGCCCCUAAUGAAUCUCAGCACCAUCCUGACCUUAGACUCCAAGACCUAAUAGUCUUCCUCUCUGUUCUUUGUGCUUUCUUUUGAGUGCUAUAUCUUAGUUCCUGUUGUUUGGUGGUUUGUUGAAAAGUCAUGAUAUUAGUGAUUGUGAUGUUUGAAAUAUGCAUGUAUUGUUUUUUUGGAAUUAGGAUUGACAAGUUUCAUGCUCAAUAAUAGCUGUAUAAUAGCCAUUAAAGACAGCUUCUUGUUCAGUUUGACAUGGAGGAUGUAACUGUUGAGCAAAAAGAUUGCACUCUUGAGCAAAAACAUUGCACUGUUGAGCAAAACAAAUGUUUGCAGUCUGUCAAAAACAUUUUCGCAGAUUCAUGGUGAAUGUAGCAUUCUUUUAAAAGGAAGAGUUUGCGUGCGGACAUGAUUUUACAUAUAUAAAAUCGUUAUUAUCACUAUGUCCUCCAAUUAUAAAGAAUU